AUGACUCUCUACAAGCCAGGCCAAGUCCCAGGUUACGAAUGGACCCAAAGAUGGAACAAGAACUCAUCUGACCCCAUUCAGCUCUGGGCUUCGCGCGAGGUCAAGGUCAUCUACAUAUCUGUAGGCUUCUCAAACAGGUAUAUGCCACUGCAGGUGCGCAGAUUUGUUCCACGGGACGGCGAUAAGCUGGAGCGAACAUGGGACUAUCGGGGGGCCAAAAAGUCAGUCAUCAUUCCGCCAUAUGCAUUGAUUGACCUGGAAGCGGGUAAAUCGGCAUACACGCGGUACAUCCGAGACUCCAUGACCGACAUAUUCCGGAACAUGCUUGGUGACAGCGAAAACCUCUUGUAUAAGACGUACCUCCAAGCUUGGCACAUGUGGAAGGACCCGGCAACGCCUCCCGAAACGUUUGAUCUUCUCAACUGGACGCUUCGGCUGUGGAUAGCAGUCCGCUUGUCAACCACGUCGGCGUUCAUCGCCGGCAAGGAGAAGCUGGGCAUGGCCACCGACAUUCUGGACGAGACCAGUCCCAAUCCUGGGAAGAUCCCGCUGCCCCCUGUCUUGGGCGCGCAAAUGGAUAUGAUACUGAUCCAGCACAUUCAGACCAAACUUCGGCAUGAGCUUUUAGACAACCUCCAGAAAGUCAUGCUCAAGAAUAAGCCGUCAAGCUGGCUGGUGACGUACCUGGUAGCAUUCAUCCUCCUCCACAACGUCGCUCUUAUCACGAAGCACGAUGCGAGCUAUGCUCGCAAACACGGCAUGAAUCGUCGGUUUGCUCGAGAAGCCAAGGUACAAGAGUAUCACCUGGGAGCGAACAUUAUCCUGGCCCAUUUCCACUACUGCAACAAGGGCGUGGCUCCCUUCUCGGACGACUGCGACGAUCAAGAUCUGCGAACCUUGGCGCAUCUUGAUGAGGAUAAGAUCCAGUUUGUUCGGGCGACCAGGGCAUACGUCCAACGGCACAAGCGAGAUUGGGAGCAAAUCCGCGCUAGAGGGGAAGUUGAGAAUGAUUUCUUCUUCGUGAGUCAACUGUUUGACGAGAAAUGGCAUCCUAGGACUACUGUCUAGCAGUAAACUUUACAUUUGAAAGUUGCAAGCUCUUUCUUUUUACAUUCGAUCGCCCCGGGUGAGAGAGAGAAAUGAAGGCGGCCGUAACGUCCUUCGAGGCGGUGAGGUUGUGGCACUGCCUGUGUGAAGUGCUGUAAAGUUGGUUUGGAUGAAGGACAGGCUGCAGGCUGCAGGUACCCCAAGUGCUGGGUGGGAUUGGCUCUGGCAGCAUGCCGACCAUGAUGUCUACGGGUCUUUGUUCCACGGUGGCAAUGCGCAAUAGUACAAGUAGUGGCUUCUACCGGCCAGGGGCAUACGUACCUUACCGGCACUCUGCCAGGGAUCGAAGGCACCUUACCUUGCCUGUUUGCUAGUCGGGAUACCCCGUACGCUAGAGGGGACUGCACAGCUGUUGCGCAGGCCGAGGCGGUCAUGGGGUGUUCCUACCCCUGUCCAGUAAGAGGUACGAAGUCGAGUGGAAUGCAGAUGAAGAUGGUACUCACAUCGACGACGGGCAAGAAACACACUAGGAUGUAUCGAGGAUCUUGUCUCUUCUCUCACCGCUAUCGCCGAUGGACUAUUGCGGAAUCGGUGAGGCUGUUGUGACGUGGAGCAAAUGGCCCAUGCGAAGCAAUUACAAGGUUGAUGUUUGGGGUUUGCAUCAGCCUUCAUCCAAUGAUUGAAGGCCACUGCGAGCAUUCCUAUAUAAUUCGGCCACCUCUGUUUGCCGAUUGCGACUCGUUCCUAGCAAAGAUUUUGAGAAAGAAGCACAGUUCAUGGGUCCAUAUCGGCGACAUACCUCGCAAGACGCAGACUCCCGUCCAGACUGGUGGAAGCAACUCCAUCGACUGGAUAGCAGCAUCGGCUCGGGUCAUUGACACAUAGCAAGUUUUAGACCGCUAGUUGCAAGCAGCGGGAGAAGGGAGAAAGAG